AUGGCUCGUACAAGGAGGGGGGUCAAGUUCCCCCACAAGACCAACGGCCACGCGGACGGCCGCCGCUCCAGCUUCAGCGACGUCAGCGAAGAUGGCUCCCCCUCCAAGAUCAAGACCGGCGCUGCUUUGCAAAACAUCUCCGAGCCCCAGUCUCCCGAGGACGAGAAGCGCGCCGAGUACGAAAAGAAGAAGGCAAACUUCUUGACCCGCACCUUCUGGACCCUUGUCAUGUUCGUCGGCUUCUUUGCUGCCCUCGUCAUGGGCCACCUCUACAUCAUCUGCAUCAUCACGGCCAUCCAGAUCAUCUCUUUCAAGGAGGUCAUCGCCAUUGCCAGCGUUCCCAGCCGCGCCCGCCAGCUGCGAUCCUCAAAGAGCCUCAACUGGUACUGGCUGGCCACCACCAUGUACUUCCUAUAUGGCGAAACCGUCAUCUACUACUUCAAGCACAUCGUCCUGGUCGACAAGGUCCUGCUUCCCCUGGCCACCCACCACCGCUUCAUCAGCUUCAUCCUCUACAUCUUCGGUUUCGUCUUCUUCGUCACCUCUCUUCAGGCCGGUCACUACAAAUUCCAGUUCACCCAGUUUGCAUGGACGCACAUGGCGCUGUACCUCAUCGUCGUCCAGGCUCACUUCAUCAUGAACAACGUCUUCGAGGGCAUGAUCUGGUUCUUCCUCCCAGCCGCCAUGGUUAUUACCAAUGACAUUUGGGCGUACCUGGUGGGAAUCACCUUCGGCCGGACCCAGCUGAUCAAGCUGUCGCCCAAGAAGACCGUGGAGGGCUUCGUUGGCGCCUGGAUCAUGACUAUCGUCUUUGGCAUGCUACUGACGAACCUCCUGAUGCGCUCCUCGUUCUUCAUCUGCCCGGUUACUGAUCUCGCCGCAAACAUCUUCACUGGCCUCGAGUGCACCCGUAACCCUGUUUUCAACCUCAAGACCUACCGCCUGCCUCCGCUCUUCUUCCUCCCGCCCAACAUGAAUGAGAGCCUCUCCUUGACCAUGGCCCCUGUUCAGUUCCACACCCUGGUCCUAGCAACCUUCGCCUCGCUCAUCGCUCCUUUCGGCGGCUUCUUCGCGUCCGGCUUGAAGCGCACCUUCAAGAUCAAGGACUUUGGCGACUCUAUCCCGGGCCACGGCGGCAUGACUGAUCGCAUGGAUUGCCAGUUCAUCAUGGGGUUCUUCACUUACAUGUACUACCACUCUUUCAUCGCCAUCAAUAAAGCCAGUCUUGGCAGCGUCAUGGAAAUGGCCGUCACCGGCUUGACCGUCGACGAGCAGCUGGAGCUGGUAAGGGGGAUGGGCCGCUAUCUCAGCAACCAGGGUGUUUGGGGAGAUGAGAUUAUUCAAUGCCUGGACAAAGCUCUGCAGGCCAAGCGUCCCGACGAGCCUUUACAAGCCAGGCGUCUAGCAUCGUCAACCAGAGAUCAAAAUCUUCACGACAGAAACACACUUGGAAGGCCGCUUCUGACCCACGCACGACAUCUAGUCCGGAUAUCGGCGUCUCUUUGGAAAACUUUCAACAUGGCUCCGUCCGCCACUAUCGAUACCGCUCCCGCUGUCGGCGGUACAGCCGUCGUACCGAAGGAGGCGUCGCACUCCAAGCAUGGCCACGAGCUUCAGAACAAGACGCCUUUGCAGGCCAUGUCCCAUGGCGAUGUUGUCCUGGCCGGGAUCCCCAAGUUCCCUGACUUCGCCUCCCAACGACAAUGGCAGCUUGAACACAUGGCUGCCGCGUUUCGCCACUGGUCCCGCGAGGGCUAUGUUGAGGGUAUGAGCGGUCACAUCUCCGUGCGAGACCCCGAGAUCCACGACGCCUUCUGGACCAACCCCCUCGGCAAGCACUUCGGUCUGCUCAAGGCGAGCGAUAUGAUCCUUGUCAACCUCGACGGCGCCGUCAUCGGCGGCAACCGCACGAAGCCCCCUAACACGGCCGGAUUCCUGAUCCAUGCUGCUGUCCACAAGGCCCGUCCUGACGUUCACGCCGUGUGUCACUGCCACAGCAUGUAUGGCAAGGCUUGGUCCGUCUUCGGACGCCGUCUAGAGAUGCUCACCCAGGAUGCCUGCAAGUUCCGUGGUGAUGCCCACUCUGUCUAUAACAGCUAUGGCGGCGUCGUUCUCGGCCCAGAGGAGGGAGAGAUGAUUGCGGAGGCCCUUGGCCCCAAGGGCAAGGCAUGCAUCCUGCGUAACCAUGGACUGUUGACUGUUGGUCAAACUGUUGAUGAGGCGGCGUUCCUCUACACUUCCAUGGAACGCCAAUGUCGGGUGCAGCUGCUCGCCGAGGCGGCUGCGGCCAAUGGACUGCCUAAGGUCCUUGUGACCGACGAGGAGGCGCAGUUCAAUUUCGACGUCGAGAGCGAUCCUGAGAUCUGCUAUUGCGAAUUCCAAGUUUAUUACGACCUGGAAGAUGAGCUUUCCGGCGGCGCUUUCAAGAAUUAG